CCUUGUCAAGAUGGCGGCUCCCUUGACACUACUUUUGAUUUUAGCCGUUACAAUCCGUGCAGCUCUUUACAGAUCCAGUUUAGCGGACAUAAUUGCGGAGAGAGUGGAGGUGGUAUCUCCGCUAACCGCGUGGAAAAGAGUUAUUGAAGGUUUGGCUCUGCUUGACUUGGGAGUCUCGCCGUACUCUGGAGAUGUUUUCCAUGAGACUCCUCUCAUCAUUUACCUCUUUCACUUUGUGGUGGACUAUGCAGAGAUAACAUUUAUGUUAGCUGACGUGAUCACUGCUGUGGCUCUCUACAUGGCAGUGACGGACUACAACAAACAAGUGUUCAGAAAGCAGAAAUUUGCCUUGGAGGCAGACCGUUACCCCCUUGACUGUCUGGAGCUCAUCAGAAGCCCCAAAGAAAUGUACUACAUCCCUCUGAAAGUAGCCAUGUUUUACCUGUUGAACCCGUUCACCAUCCUGUCCUGUGUCGCCAAGUCAACCUGUGGCCUGAACAACGCUGUCAUCGCCCUCUUCAUCCUCGCUACAAUAAAGGAAAAUGUCUUGCUGAGUGCCAUAUUUCUGUCCUUGGCCACAUAUCAGUCCAUCUACCCUCUCACUCUGUGCGCUCCAGCGCUGCUGUAUUUGAUGCAGCGUCAGUACAUCCCGGUGAACUUCCGGCGGUUCAGCUUCUGGUGGUUCAUCGCGCAGUACGCCUUCAUGUACCUGGGCAGCCUGUUCGUCAUCGUCUGCCUCUCCUUCUUCCUGCUCGGCUCGUGGGACUACCUGCCGUCCGUCUACGGCUUCAUUCUCUCAGUACCAGACCUGACCCCGAACAUCGGCCUCUUCUGGUAUUUCUUCGCCGAGAUGUUUGAACACUUCCGCCUCUUCUUCCUCUGUGUCUUCCAGAUCAACGUCUUCUUCUACACCAUCCCUCUAUCUGUCAAACUCAAGGAGCAUCCAGUGUUUCUGAUCUUCAUGCAGUUAGCCGUGAUCUCCAUCUUUAAGUCUUACCCCACUGUGGGCGACAUCGCACUGUACCUGGCGUUCCUUCCCGUCUGGAGUCACCUACACAGAUUCCUGAGGAACAUCUUCCUGGUGUCCUGCGUCCUGCUGGCCUGCUCGGCUCUGUUCCCUGUUCUCUGGCACCUCUGGAUCUACGCCGGCAGCGCCAACUCCAACUUCUACUACGCCAUAACUCUGCUGUUCAACGUGGCACAGAUUCUGCUGGUGUCUGAUUAUUUCUACGCUUUCUUGAGGAGGGAACACCAUCUCAGCUAUGGACUGUAUCUGAAGAGGAAAGACGGCUCCGAGGCUACACUCGUUCUUAAAUAAAACGCGCUCGUGCGAACACCACCCGGCCGGCGGCCUCCACCAGGAGAGGAGCUUCUCGAGGCCUCGCGCAUCCUCACGGGGAACAAACACAAACUGAGGAGGAUAAAAGACUCUCGGAGCCUCCCUGCUCCUCAGACAGAACAUUAGCACACAUGCAGGAAGUGCGUCUGGUACAACGUCAUAUGCAAACUGCAAGUCACGACAUACUACAUGACAGACACAUGCAGAGGCGGGGUGUAGAAACCUGCCUCCUGCCAUCUGAUACGAACAGACAACAGCUGAACAUCUCUAUCCUCUUUUCAAUUUUUUCCUCUGGAGCGCUCUUAUUUUGAAGCCUUACUCUACCUGGAACCUGUGAGGGUGGAUUUUAUUUUGAAGCCUUCUUCCUCCUGACAGCCACUGUCUUUUAUUUUGACGCCCUAUUUAUCCUGCAGCUUUCCUGGAGGGCUUUUAUUUUGAAGCACUGACUGUCAUCCAGCAUUUUUUUCUGGCAGGACGUGCCACUCUGGUGGGGGGGCCUUGUUGAAACACCAAAAAAAAAAGAAAAAGUGGGAAACUCACACUGAUUUGAGCUAUUUGAUAAUUCUUGAUAUCCAGCUCCCCCGCACUCAUUGUUUGUGUUGUUUUGUGUUUACCUGAUUACAUUUGUGUGAAAACUGUUAUGUUUUGUGUCAGGAAAAGGAAGAGGAAGCCUAAAAAUGUUUAUCUCUCUCUCUUUUUCUCAUCACUGUCUUCCUGUUUGCCUUUAACCUUAUUUUUACACAAUCUGCUCUUUAACGAACAAAUUCCAGAUCAUCAGUGUGCAUCACAGUCAAACCAAUACUAACCUCAUCCACGGUGUGUAAGAAAUUCACUCUAACUGGAUCUGCGAUGGCUUCAGCUGCUCCAGACGGUUGCUAUGACCACCUGACCGAGAGCAAUUUUCACAAAGACAACAGUGAAUGUGUUUGAACAAAUGCCUAAAUUCACAAUUCCUGCUAGUAAUCAAAGUUUGGGCUCAUAAUCUCCCACCAAAUGAAUCACCGAUGGCUAAAGUUUCAUAUUUGUCACUAUUUCUGCAUGCAAAAUCGAAGUUCAUAUAAUGACGUUAUUGUUAAAUGUAGAUUGUUUAUAUUGAAUCAUUCCCCGUCAAACUCACACAGUUAACGUUUUGGGAAAUAUAUUUAUUUGCUUUCUUGCUGAGAGUGAGAUAAGAUAUCACUUACUUUUGUUCGGUAAAUAUGAAGCUACAGACAGCAGACAGUUAGCUUAGCAUAGCAUAAAGACCAGUUACUUCCUUCCCUCUCUGCUGAUUGCCUGCCAACUGGUCCCAGCCAAGACCAGUUGGCACAAAACCUCGAUAGAGCAGCAUAAUGUUGUGAUUAGUCUUAGAUACAUGUUGUUCAUCAGUGAGUUUUGGAGGUGCUGGAAGGUGAAUUUUAUUAUCUUUGGAUCACAGCCAGGCUAGCUGUUUCCCUCUGUUUCCAGUCUUUAUGCUAAGCUAAGAUAGUGAUGGUGUCGGCAUUCUCGUCUGACUCUGCCAGAAAGUAAAUAAGAGGGGUUUUCCAAAAUGUUAAACUUUAAAAGAUUCAAGCAGGAAACUCAUGUAGAGUUUAACACCUCGCUGUGCUCACUGCGUGUCCCAAAUCCACCCUGCACUAACUCUACAGUCUGUGCUACGUACGAAUCACCAUGGUUUACGGUUUUAUUUGUUACUGUGCAAAUAGUGAACAAACUGUGCGAUUUUAUAAUAGCAGGAAAUGAUACGAUAUGUUGAAAAUCUCACUCUGUUAAACUUCAGAAACAGGAAGUAAAUGUCUUUCUUAAGAUUGAAUAUUUGAUUGCUUUGUUCUCCGUCUGUGCUCCUCCAUUUCCUUUUUGCAUUGCAUUGUGGGAGAAUAGUGUCCAUCAGCAGCACUCAUAAAUCAAUGUACCGCAUACUGAGUUUUUGAGUAUACUUAGUCACUUUUUCCAGUAUGGCCACACUGCUGACUUAGUGUGUAGUGUGGAAUUGGGACGCAGCAGAGCUUGUGUGUUUCUUGUUUUUCUGUUUGAUUUUCUUUCUCUUUAAUCGGGAAAUGCGAAACUAUGCUAACAAAACAUUUGUGCCCAUAGUAGAAACUACAGAUACACAUGUGCUUUGAUUGAGUCUUUGAUUAAGGAUUUAAUGCACACAUUUAAAAUAAGCCUUAAACAGCCUCACAAGUGUUGGGGCACUGAUUGACCUUUUACUUUAUUUUCUAAUAUGAAGUCCACAGAUGAAUGUUUUUGUUUGAUAAUUGGUUUCUCUUGGCCUCCCUUUGAACGUAUUAGAGCCACUGAAAGAACUUUAACAUCAGCGGCUAAAUAUGAGCAAAAACAUGUUUGAUUUAAACUGGUUUUCAUAUGAAAUGACACUAAGAUCAGUGACAAAGCAAAAAAACAAUCUCUGCUAACUGCCCAAAAGAUUUCCUGUGAAACACAAACACAGAUGUGAGUCAGUUCAGUUGCUUUCUUCAGUGUGAUCCAUGUUUUUUAAACUCCUCGUCUGUUCGAGCAGGUUGACGCUCGUCAUUUUGAGACCAAUGAGUGAAAAGUAAUUUGUGGUAUUUAUUUAUUUGCUGCACUAAAGAGAUUUAAUUUUUUCUUCUUAUUUCAGAAAAAAGGAGCUCUUGUGUUGUUUUGAUAAUGAAUGUUUUGUGAAAGAUAUUAAAAUGCAGGGUGUGAAAGGGA